GGCUGCGGGAGGAGGCGGCGGAGCGGGGGCUGCCCCCGCCGUCCCCCGGCUCUCCCCGGCCCCGCCGCCCCCGCGGCCCCCCGGGCCCGCCCGCAUCGGCUACUACGAGAUCGAGCGCACCAUCGGCAAGGGCAACUUCGCCGUGGUGAAGCUCGCCACGCACCUGGUGACCCGCGCCAAGGUUGCAAUAAAGAUCAUUGAUAAGACUCAGCUGGAUGAAGAGAACCUGAAGAAGAUAUUUAGAGAAGUUCAGAUCAUGAAGAUGCUUUGCCACCCACAUAUCAUCAGGUUGUACCAGGUUAUGGAGACGGAGCGGAUGAUUUAUCUGGUGACUGAGUAUGCCAGUGGAGGGGAAAUAUUUGAUCACCUCGUGGCCCACGGGCGCAUGGCCGAGAAGGAAGCCCGGAGAAAGUUCAAGCAAAUUGUGGCUGCUGUCAACUUCUGUCACUGUCGUAACAUAGUCCACAGGGAUCUGAAGGCAGAAAAUCUCCUCCUGGAUGCAAACCUGAACAUCAAAAUAGCAGAUUUUGGGUUCAGCAACAUCUUCACCCCUGGCCAGCUCCUUAAAACCUGGUGUGGGAGUCCUCCCUAUGCUGCCCCAGAGCUCUUUGAAGGCAAGGAGUACGAUGGGCCAAAGGUUGAUAUCUGGAGCCUCGGCGUGGUGCUGUACGUGCUGGUGUGCGGGGCCCUGCCCUUCGACGGGAGCACCCUGCAGAACCUGCGCGCGCGGGUGCUCAGCGGCAAAUUCCGCAUCCCCUUCUUCAUGUCCACGGAGUGUGAACACCUGAUCCGCCACAUGCUGGUGCUGGACCCGAGCAAGCGGCUCUCCAUGGAGCAGAUCUGCAAGCACAAGUGGAUGAAGCUGGGGGAGGCUGAUGCAGAGUUCGACAGGCUGAUAGCAGAGUGUCAGCACCUGAAGACUGAGAGGCAGCUGGAGCCGCUGAACGAGGACGUGCUGCUGGCCAUGGCGGACAUGGGGCUGGACAAGGAGCGCACGGUGCAGUCGCUGCGAGCCGACGCCUACGAUCACUACAGCGCGAUCUACAGCCUGCUCUGCGACCGCCUCAAGAGGCACAAGAACCUGCGCAUCGCGCCCUCGCCCAGCAUCCCCCGCACCGUCACCUUCCCCACCUCGGCCAGCAUCCAGCAGACAGAACAGACAAGCAACACCAUGAACAUCAACGUGCCCCAAGUCCAGCUCAUCAACCCUGAGAACCAAAUUGUGGAGACUGAUGGAACAAUGAACUUGGACAGUGAUGAAGGGGAGGAACCAUCACCCGAGGCUCUGGUCCGCUACCUCUCCAUGAGGAGGCACACAGUGGGAGUAGCUGACCCACGGACGGAAGUCAUGGAAGACCUGCAGAAGCUCCUGCCUGGCUUCCCCCGUGUCACUCCUCAGGCUCCGUUCCUGCAGGUGACCCCGAAUGUGAACUUCAUGCACAGUGUGCUGCCCAGGCAGAACCUGCAGCCCACAGGGCAGCUGGAGUACAAGGAGCAGUCCCUGCUGCAGCCCCCCACGCUGCAGCUGCUGAACGGGAUGGGCCCGCUGGGCCGGCGCGCGUCCGACGGCGGGGCCAACAUCCAGCUGCACGCGCAGCAGCUGCUCAAGCGGCCCCGCGGCCCCUCGCCGCUCGUCACCAUGACGCCAGCUGUCCCAGCUGUCACCCCUGUGGACGAGGAGAGCUCCGAUGGGGAGCCGGACCAGGAAGCUGUGCAGAGAUACUUGGCAAAUAGGUCAAAAAGGCACACUCUGGCCAUGACCAACCCUACAGCUGAAAUCCCUCCAGACUUGCAGAGGCAGCUAGGACAGCAGCCCUUCCGAGCCCGGGCUUGGGCUCCACACCUGGGACCCGACCAGCACCGUUCUAUCUACAAGGACUCCAACACUCUGCACCUCCCCACCGAGCGCUUCUCCCCGGUCCGGCGCUUCUCCGACGGGGCUGCCAGCAUCCAGGCUUUCAAAGCCCACCUGGAGAAGAUGGGCAACAACAGCAGCAUCAAACAGCUGCAGCAGGAGUGUGAGCAGCUCCAGAAGAUGUACGGUGGGCACAUGGACGAGAGGACGCUGGAGAAGACGCAGCAGCAGCACAUGUUGUACCAGCAGGAGCAGCACCACCAGAUUCUUCAUCAGCAGAUUCAGGACUGUAUCCGGCCUCCCCAGCCAUCUCCACCCUUGCAAGCUCCAUGUGAAAACCAGCCAGCUCUGCUCACUCACCAGCUCCAGAGGUUACGGAUCCAGCCGUCCAGCCCACCCCCAAACCACCCCAGCAACCAUCUCUUCAGGCAGCCCAACAGCAGCCCGCCCCCCGUCAGCAGCAGCGUGCUCCAGCCCCAUGGUGCUGCCUCCCAGUCCCAGUUCCAGGGGAUGCCAUCCCACAGCAGCAUCUUCCCGCAGUCGGGUAACUGUUCCCCGCCGCCGGCCAUGGGGCUGACGUGCCUGGCCCUGCAGCAGCAGCAGCCGCAGCCGCAGCAGGUCACCAUCCAAGUGCAGGAGCCCGGGGACAUGGUGGGCAGCGGCCUCGGGCAGGGCCUGGCGUCCCACGCGCGGGGCAUGUCCCUGAGCCCCAGCGCCAGCCAGAUCCAGAUGCAGCACCGCGCCAACCUGAUGGCCUCGCUCAGCUACGGCCACCGGCAGCUGUCCAAGCAGCUGAGCGCCGACAGCGCCGAGUCGCACAGUCUGAACGUGAACAGGUAUCCCCCUGCCAACUACGACCAGGUGCACUUACACCCCCACCUGUUCCCGGAGCAGCCCCGCGUCUCCCCCAGCAACUACAGCCCGCCGGGAGGGGUCGGGUUCUCUGCGGCCCAGCAAGCUCUGAAGGUGCCGCAGCUCGAGCAGUACCCCAGUUUCCCCCCGAACGCACAUCAGCAGCAGCAGCACUACACGGCAUCGGCACUACAGCAGGCACUGUUGUCCCCGACCCCGCCCGACUACAGCCGACACCAGCAGGUACCGCACAUCCUCCAGGGACUGCUUUCCCCCCGGCACUCGCUCACGGGGCACACGGACAUGCGGCUGCCCCAGGCAGAAUUUGCACAGCUCAUCAAACGGCGGCAGCAGCAGCAGCAGCAGCAAGAAUUCCAAGAGUUGUUCAGGCAUAUGAGUCAAGGGGAUGCUGGGAACAUGGGCACCAGCAUGGGACAGAACCUCUCGGAGCGCCAGUCGUUGUCUUUGCCUUAUCAGAGUGCCGACACCUACCACCCCCAGAACAGCCCCCAGCAUCUCUUAAAAAUCAGGGCGCAAGAAUGUAUGCAGCAGGUGCCUGCCUCCGUGCCGCCGCAGGGGUACGGCCAGCAGCCAGCCCUGUUCCACUCGGAGAGCAUGGAGGAGGACUGCGCCUGCGAGGGGAGCAGGGACAGCUUUCCCGACAGUAAGAGUUCAAACACAUUGACCAAAGGUUGCCACGAGACCCCUCUGCUGGUAAACGCAGGAGGGCACGGGGACCCCGAAUCUUUGCUAGGAACUGCUAACCCCGCGCAGGAGCUGGGGACGCACCAGUACCGGCACCAGCCCGCGCCCGGAUUCAGGAAUAAGGUGCCCAGCAGAGAGUCCAUCGUGGGGAACUGCAUGGACAGGAGCUCCCCCGGCCAAGCCAUGCAGGUGCCUGACCACAACGGGCUGGGCUACCCCGUGCGCCCCUCGUCCAGCGAGCACCCGCGGCCCCGCAGCCUGCAGAGACACCACACCAUCCAGAACAGCGACGAUGCCUACGUGCAGUUGGAUAACUUGCCUGGGAUGAGUUUGAUGGCAGGAAAAGCCCUCAGCUCUGCUCGGAUGUCGGACGCCGUGCUCAGCCAGUCGUCGCUGAUGGCCAGUCAGCAGCUGCGUGACAGGGACGGCGAGGAAUGCGGGGAGAGUUUGGAAGGUCAGGAGCACGCGAACCUGGGCGAUGGCAGCCAGCACCUCAACACCUCCUGCUACCCCUCCACGUGCAUCACGGACGUCCUGCUGAGCUACAAGCACCCGGAGGUGCCCUUUGGGAUGGAGCAGGCAGGGGUGUAACCAGGAGGGAGGCUUGUGUACAGCUUUGAAAUGAAAAGGUCCAUUUUAAACCAACAGUAUCUAGCAGCAUUGCGCCAAAUUGCCGUAGUAUUUCUGACUAACUGGAAUACCAUGGCCCCUUUCCUCAUCCUCACUUCAUCCAGUGUGUCGUUCCUUUGGGUUCUUUACUUUCUGCCACACUUGCCUGUAACUCCAGCUACACCCAGAGCCCUGAGCCCCACACGGGGGAUCGGCCUCGGCGCGGGGCUGCUCUGGGGGCUGAGCAGCUCCGGGGGGCUGGAGCUGCUCCUGGAUGGAGGCCACGCUCUCCUUCCCCCCGUCCCUCUGCCCGGGGGGGUCUGGGCCUGGCAGUGCCUCCCCACCCCGCUGCAAUCCACUUCUUGUCUCACCUCUGUCUGCUCUGUUCCCUCUCGUGUGUCGGGGUGCUGACAGCAUCACCCCUGCCCUGCCCUUCCUCCCCUUUUCUUUCCAAAUCUGCCACGACUUGGGGUUUUUUCUUUUCCUGGCUAAUAUAGGGCAGACGGAUUUUUCUUUGUUUCCUUCGCUUUUCCUCCUGAUCACGUAGGAAUUGUUGGUUUUUUUGGUUUUUUUUUUUUUUUUGGUAAAUGUUGUUUUAUUAUUAUUGUUAUUAAUAAAAGGCAAAAGGAAUUUCUGUUUGAGAGAAAUUUUUAACUAGAUUCUGUUCUAUAUGAAUUGUGACUUGCACCUUUUGUUCAAAGUAUUUUAUUUCUUUUAAUGACAUUGUACUUGUGACUGGUUUUCUCUCGUGCCAGUGGCGACAGUGGUAAAUCUCCUCACACAGUCGGGACGUGCAGAGGUCUCUUCUUUGUCCCUUUUCCAUCCUUUCCGUGGUGGAUAGAGCGGGAGGCCCCCCCGGCUGGGGCUCAGGAACACGCGGUGUCACCCUUGCCUUUGGGACUUGACAAGCUCCAGCUCACAUCCUUCUCACCGGCAUUUUUUCCGGAAUAUUUUUUCAAACUAAAGGAAACACGGCCCCAGCCCUCCUGACUUUGCACAGAAGGAAGUGUGAAACCAGCCCGGCAGAGGUGACUUUGCUGUCCUUACCCCGUGCCUGUUCCUGGGGCGCUGAGGGCUCUGCGAUCCCGGGGUCAGAGAGGAGGGACUCCGCAGCCCCGGGAUGGAGCGGGAAGGGUGGGAAGCGCUGAAAGCCUUUUGCUCUGUCCCUUGGGUUCAUUUUCCUUUUGUUUACAUGACACUGUAUCCUGGGAGAGUCGCCGGGCCCCCCCCAGCAGCAGCUGCCCCGCGGGGCCGCGUCACCGUGCCAUCCACAGUAUCACACUUUUUUUAUCAUGGCUUUGUAUUGUAGUAAUCAAUACGCGCAGUAUAUGUUGAAUGUAUAUUAAUAUACUUUGCUAUUAUUUCUGUUUUUUGGAAAUGUCAGAAGUAUUUUUUUUUUUCUUCCUCAUUUAUGUUGGACUAAAAACGAACAGGAAAAAAAAAGGUUUCGGUAAAUCUUCAGUCCAUUUUUUGUGGGUCACUUGCAACUAGUCAAUUAGUUGGACAGUGGGAUCAUAACAAAUAAAACCAUGAUUAUGAUCUUC